UGACAGGUGCUAAGAUAAUUUUGUGAAUCAAAAGUCUGAGACGCAUUAGUCGCUGAAAGUGUCUUUGUGCAAAAUAAAAACAUUUAAAGAAUUAUUUUAGUUUACUAUUGUAUUAGUGGAAAAAGAAAUUGUGUUUAUAUCGGUUACAAUUAGAGUAGAUAACAUCUAAAAGGACAAAAUGCGUCUCGCCGUCGGUGCAACAAUCACAAUUGUUGCGCUGUCACUUUUGUCGGUGCUUGUUACUGCACAGGAGGACGGUGCAGCUGAUGAGGAACAACUACGGCGGCCUGCUGUCGUCGAGGAGCCAGUGAAGAGAGUACACGUACUGAAUCCCGGUGAACGUGAGUACCUCUCACCGAAUCUGAUUGGCGUGCAGAAUAUCGCAAUGACAUUCCUGCCGCUUUCGAUGAAUUUCGUAAAUAUUAUUGAUGCGUUUCGCGAAAUCGUCGACGGUGUGCGCUACGAAAUUGUGCUCAACGCCGUCGAUACGAAGGCAAAGGAUGCCGAUGUGGUUUGCCGACUGGUGAUAAUUGAAAAGCCUUGGCUGCGCACCGAAUGGGGUGACAAAGUGCGCGAAUUGCGCACCACGAACUGCACCAGCGAGGAGGACACACUCACCGAUCAGGCGGCGCGCAGCAAGGCGCUUAACGAUAAAUACACAAGGAAUGCGCUAUUCAAUGGCGGCACACGAAACGAGCUGACCGACGAUGAAAUGUCCAAAUUAGAAUCACAAAUUCUACCGAUGCCAUUCGCCACGAACGAUAUGAAGCGACGUGAUGCAACCGCUUCCACAACAACAACGACCACGACGACGACAACAACAUCGCCAGCCCUCAUCACCACUGCCGCCACAACGCCAGAACAAUUAAGCACCGAAGCGACAGCGCGAAAUGAGGAUACGACCACAGCAGCUGAGACGGCAACAACAGCGUCGUCAACGACGGCGGUUGCUGACGUGAAUGAUGAAGAUAACGCAGAGUCUACAUCGCCAUUGCCAGUGCUCACACAAGACGAGAUGAAGUGGUUGGAUGACUUUCUAUCGGUGGGCGCACUUAGCUUUGAGCAAACACAACGCGAAAGGCAGGAAGUCGAGCAGCCGUCAGCUGCUGGCGAUAGCAGCAGUAAUGAUGCCGUUAGUGCGAGUGCGGCGAGUAAUUACGUGCAGCAGCAGCAGCAACAGCCGCAGCAGGAGCUGGUGGAGCUCGAAGGCGAGGUGGCAGCUGAACAGGGGCAUGCUCGUGCUAAGCGUAGCUCUAAUUUCGUGGGUGGUGCUAAGACAUUGGACAUAAAGGAUGCCGAACAGCGUCUGCAGUCGUCACUUGACAAACUAGCUGCCGGUGAUGGACCCAAUUACAGGAUUUCGAAAGUUUAUUCGGCCACCACACAGGUCGUUUCGGGCACACUGACGAAAAUCGAUGCGGAAAUCUUCAAUGAAAACGAUGAGAAGGAACGUUGCACUAUCAAGAUCUGGGCACGACCGUGGUUGCCCAAUGGCUACGAAGUGACCUUCGACUUUCCCAACAAGGAAUUGAUAAAGCGGCGCCACAGUCGUUCGGUGGAGCAGCAGGAGAAGAAGACACACAAGAAACGCAAUCAUCACAGUUUGGACAAAAGCGAGCAUUUAUUUAGCAAAUUCCAAAUUAAAUACAACCGCCGCUACCACACCGCAAUGGAGCAUCAAAUGCGCUUGAGAAUUUUCAAACAAAACUUGGAGAUUAUCAAAGAAUUGAAUCGUAAUGAGAUGGGUAGCGCCAAGUAUGGUAUUACAGAAUUUGCUGACUUAACUAGCACGGAAUACAAACAACGUACUGGCCUGUGGCAGCGCUCCGAGGAUAAGCCGAGCAAGAAUGCACCAGCUGUGAUUCCUAAUAUUGAGUUGCCAAAGGAAUUCGAUUGGCGAGAGAAGGGUGUCAUUUCGCAGGUGAAGAAUCAGGGUAUGUGCGGUUCAUGUUGGGCUUUCAGUGUGACGGGCAAUGUCGAGGGCCUGCAUGCGGUGAAGACGGGCAAACUGGAGGAAUACUCGGAGCAGGAGUUGCUUGAUUGCGACACAACUGAUUCGGCCUGCAAUGGCGGUUUGAUGGACAAUGCCUACGAAGCGAUACAGCAUAUCGGUGGUUUGGAAUUGGAAUCCGAUUAUCCAUAUGAGGGACGCAAAGACCAGUGCAAAUUCAGCAAUUCCAAGGUUCACGUCAAGGUCAAGGGCGGCGUUGAUUUGCCAAAGAAUGAAACCGCCAUCGCACAAUGGUUGAUUGCCAAUGGACCUAUCUCAAUUGGUAUUAACGCCAAUGCUAUGCAGUUCUAUCGUGGCGGUGUGUCUCAUCCCUGGAAGGCAUUAUGCUCUAAAAAGAAUCUCGAUCAUGGUGUUCUAAUCGUCGGCUAUGGUGUUUCCGACUAUCCCAUGUUCAAGAAGACACUACCCUAUUGGAUUGUGAAGAAUUCAUGGGGGCCCAAAUGGGGCGAACAAGGUUACUAUCGCGUUUACCGUGGCGAUAACACCUGUGGUGUCAGCGAAAUGGCCUCCUCGGCAGUGCUUGAGUAGAACGAUUUAAACGCGAGCAAACAGUUCAUAUAAGAAUAUUCACAAAUACAUAAGUGAAUAAGUUGAAUAAAACAUGCAAUAAUUAGUUUUUUUAGCAAAUGCUCACACAUUAAUCAUAAUAACAAUACGAACAAAAUAACCGUAAAUUAUUGCAAAAUUAUAUUUGCAAAUGUCA